GACAGAAGCUGCGCGCUCCCCUCCGGUACGGGCUGACAACCGCCGCGACGGGACAGACGGACACCUACGCUGCGCUGCGCGCCUCCGUAUUAAGAAAAACAGGCAUCAGUAUUCUCACCUGAGGGGCAGCACUGACAUCUUGGAGAAAAAAAAAAUGACUGAAGCAAUGGAGACCCAGCGUGCCUUGCAAGCCGUGGAACGUCUCCAAGCUAAGCUGAAAGAGAGGGGGGAUUUGUCCUCCGAAGAGAAGCUGAACCUUCUGAAGACCCUCCUGCAGAGCCCCCUCUUCCACCAGAUUCUCGCACUGCAAACAUCUCUCCAUGCCGUCAACAACCAGCGGAUCCUGUCACCAGUGUCAAGCCACCGUGCGGAGACUCGCUUCACCGUUCCCCACAGCGAGUCCUUCAUUUGGGCUACGCAGAAUGGAUGCCUGGAGGCACUAGAGACCUCUUCCUUCCCCCAAAUCAAUGGCGAAAUGUCAGAUGAUGAAUUUAAGCACAUUGUUCGCUCCAUGGCCCAGGGCCGGUGCACGAUGGACGUGGAAAUGUUGAAACCGCUCUCUGGAGAGCUGGGAUUCAGCAUGGUCGGCCUGGAGAGUGACGACCAAGGGGAACUGGGCCUCUUUGUGCAGAAGAUCCAGCCUAGCAGCACUGCAGAAGGCAACGGGACGUUGAAAGAAGGUGAUCAGAUUCUAGCCAUUAAUGGGGUGCUGAUGGACAGGGACAUUACUCAGCAGCAGGCUAUGGACUUGCUACAGAAUGCAAAAGAGAAGGUCUGCCUGGUGGUGGCCAGAGGUCCCAUCCCACAACUGGCUAGAAGGACGAUAUCACGCACGCCAUCGGCUGCCAGCACAGUGUCGGCUCGCUCAGGCCCGAGCCCCUGGCAGCGGGUGGAAACAAUCGAGCUGAUGAACGACGGUUCUGGCCUCGGGUUCGGCAUAGUCAGAGGGAGAACCACUGGGGUGCUAGUCAAAACCAUCUUGCCUGGAGGAAUAGCUGAUCGGGAUGGUCGCUUGCACAGCGGGGACCUCAUACUGAAGAUUGGGGACACUGAUGUGACAGGCAUGGGAAGCGAACAAGUAGCCCAGGUCCUGCGCGACAGUGGCAGCAGAGUGACGCUGGUCAUUGCCAGGGGAACCAUGGAUGAUGCCUCUGAUCCUUCAGUGACCCUACCUUUCGUUGCUGAGCAACAGGAGACACCAGAUACCCUGGGUCACACUGUUGAAGAACUUGACACAUUUGAUGUGGAGCUGACCAAAAACUCCCAGGAACUGGGGAUAACAGUUGGUAGUUAUGGUACAGAUGAAAAAUAUGAGCCCUGCGGCAUCUUUGUGAAGAGCAUUACAAAAGACAGCGAGGGGGAGCAAGAUGGUCGGAUCCACAUUGGUGACCAAAUCAUAGCUGUGGACGGGACGGAUGUCCAGGACCUCUCCUACCAGGAUGCUGUUGAGGUCCUACAGCUCACGGGCACUUCGAUGUUACUGAAGGUUGCCAGGCGGAACUUCCAGCCCAAAGUGAUGCUGCCUGCUGGAACCCCCACUGAGCAGGAGGCCAAAUGUUCAGCUGACAUGCUGGGGCUUGACCAGCACAGUACAGAGAAGAUGGACCUGGCCAUUACAACAUCAGGAGUGAAGUUGACUUUGGUUGAAGAAGAGGAAGAUAACUUGAAAACUACCCGGAGUACUCACAAUGAGAUAUCCUUUGGCCAAAUGGAGUUGUCCAAGAAGACCACUGACAUGGAUGCAGAUCCGCAGGCCGAGGAUGCACACCAUCGUAUACUCCUGUCCAUUCCAGAGCAGCAAGAGAGCCAGUUCAUCAGUGGGGACAAGCUGCUUGAGGUCAACGGAAUCUCACUUUGUGGCAGAACACCAGAUGGGGAGCAGGACAUCCUUAGCAAGGUAUCAGCAAAUGUGAGCAUGGCGUCCAUUAGUUCUGUUGAACCUCAGGACAGUGACACCUAUCUUGCGGAAUGUAAUCCCAAGAAAUCAGCUACCAAAGAAAUUGCUGAAGAGGUGCAGCAUGGUGACAGCUUCUCCUGUGCUGAAACACCUGAUACUGUGAAAUCCACUGUGCUAGAAGACACCCGAUGCUCUCCACUGCCCAUGUGGGAACCCAGGGUCCAGGUCAUUGAGCUGGAAAAAGGAGAUGCCGGCCUCGGGUUCAGCAUUUUAGAUUAUCAGGAUCCCAUGGAUCCCACAAAGACAGCGAUAGUGAUCUGUUCUCUGGUGCCUGGUGGGGUGGCAGAGCUAGAUGGACGGCUGCUCCCGGGAGAUCGUCUCAUCUCUGUCAAUAACUGCGACCUGGCUGGCGCUGGCCUAGAGGGGGCUGUGCAGACGCUGAAGGGGGCCCCCCUCGGUACUGUGAAACUCGGCGUGGCCAAGCCCUUGCCUAUGGACUCAAAUGAAGCAGAUUUGAUGAAUGAGGAGACAUUUGAUCCUCAUUACUCAAAGGAGGAGGACACCUUCCAAGCGUCCACGUUAGCUCCACGCAGCAGCACCUGCGGUGCCGAUCUGGAGCGCCAGAUGCCCACUCUGCCGUCUGCACCCGAGGAAGAAGGACUGUUUGUGGAAAGGCGAAACGUGGAGGCGACUGAUAAGCAAAUCUCAACCUCUGCAAGCAAUUUUGAGAGGACAAUUACAGUUGUCAGGGGCAACUCUAGCCUUGGGAUGACAGUGAGUGCUCUUAAGGAUGGCUCAGGGAUGGUAGUCCGCAGUAUCGCUCACGGUGGAUCCAUCAGUCGAGACGGUCGGCUGAGCGUAGGAGACAGCAUUGUAGCUAUCAACGGGGAGCGGACCACAGGCACGAGCAGCGCCAUGGGCCGUGCAAUGCUGAGGAGGCACUCGCUCGCCGGGCCCGAUAUCAGCAUAACCUAUGUGCCUGUGAAUCAUCUAAAGGACUACAAGGCACUGUUGGGGCUGCAGAAGGAUGAAACCCUUGUUGUUGACUCAGCUCCCAUCCCAUGUGGGGAGAUCCCUGAGAUUCCAGAACAGGAGGAAGAUGAGGGUGAGGAAGGUGACCCAUCAAUUGAUGCAUGCAGUGAUUGGAACCAGCCCAGGAGAGUGGAACUGCGCAGACAGCUCGGCCAGUCCUUGGGCAUCAGCAUCGUAGGGGGCCGGCGGAUGGGUAGCCGCAUGAGUGGAGGCGAGGUGAUGCGGGGGAUCUUCAUCAAGCAUGUGCUGGUGGACAGCCCCGCAGGCUGUGAUGGGACGCUGCAACCUGGGGACAGGAUUUUGGAGGUUGGCGGGGUGGACCUGCGUGAUGCCAGCCACGAGCAAGCAGUAGAGGCCAUCCGCAAAGCCAGGGACCCCAUGGUAUUCCUGGUUCAGAGCAUCUCCCACCCACCUCCGAAACCUCCACUGCCCUCCCUACCAUUAGAGCCAUUCUGUGGACCUGUCCUGAGCAUCACUAAUCCAUCCACAAUCUGCCACCCACCUGCUCCUCACAAGUCACCGGUGACUACAGACUCCAGUGAAGAGGAAUUGAAUGAAGUAGGAAAUUACACAGGGGCCAAGAGCCCAAAUAAGUGUUUCACCCUCCUCUCCUCACAUAACCCUUUUGCUCCUACUCCAUUUAAGCUAAACAAAAAUACAUAUAAAUUGUUUGCAGUGUCACUGCCUGUGGUGCCUCACGUCGGCGAGACGGACACAGACGCAGUGGCGGAGGUACCAGCCAGGCCCCCCCUGCCCUCGGAGACUCCCGGUGAUGAGGAAGACGAGUUCGGCUACAUCUGGAGGAAGAUGGUCCAGAGGUACGGCGGUUUGCCGGGGGAGCUGCACAUGAUUGAGCUGGAGAAGGGUGAAGUAGGGCUGGGCCUCAGCCUAGCAGGCAACUCUGACCACUCCCGCAUGAGCGUCUUCGUGGCGGCAGUGGACCCGCGUGGGGCUGCUGGACAGGAUGGGCGGAUCUCCGUAGGGGACGAGCUGCUGGAGAUAAACGGGCAGAUUCUGUAUGGACGAAGUCACCAAAAUGCCUCCUCCAUUAUCAAAAGUGCACCUUCGAAGGUCAAAAUCAUUUUCACCAGGAACACAGAAACUUCGAGCCAGAUGGCCGUGGAAUCGAUAAGAAAGUAUGGAGGCGUGCUGGACAUAGAAACCGAGCUGGCCUUUAACCAACCUGUAAUAUCUCCCUCGGCGGUAGAUGUCAGUAUGUUCCAUCAGCCAUCAUUGGCCAAGUGUGAUGGAAUGAAAGCUGGAGAAAGGAUCCUGGCUGUGGGUGACAAGAGCACUGUGGGACAACCUGCAGAGAAGGCUUCCAGUCUGCUGGACAAGGCUGACAGCAUGGUGAAGUUUACUGUCUCCUCGAAGGGCCCCAGCCCCAUUCCCUCAGCAGCUGGUCCACAGAGAAGUAUCCCAGAGGUGCCGAUAACCAGAAGCCCCAGUGUGCCCCUCAUUUUGAUGGAGCCAGACUGUGGAUCCAGUGGACCACCAGCUCCAAACACCUUUUCAUCCAACCCAGCGACCUGUCCAAUUACCCCUGGCUGUGAGACCACCAUUAAAGUUUGUAAGGGGCACAAUGGCCUUGGUCUCAGCAUAGUAGGAGGCAGGGAUACACUGUUGGGGGCCAUCGUCAUUCAUGAGGUAUAUGAAGAUGGAGCCGCUUUCAAGGACGGGCGUCUGAGGGCUGGGGACCAGAUUUUGGAGGUCAAUGGCUUCGACCUCCGGGAGACCACACACGAUGAGGCCAUUGAGGUCCUGAGGCAGACAGUGCAAGAUGUCCUUCUGACCGUGUACCGCAGGGAGGCCUGCUACAACGACGUCGACCUGUGGGACAUCUUCACACUGGAGCUGGAUAGGGAGUCUGGCCAAGACCUAGGACUCAGGGUUGCUGGGAAAAGGGAUGACAGGGGCGUCUUUGUGUCAGACAUCGUAGAAGGGGGCUUGGUGGAGAUGGAUGGUCAGCUGAGGAAAGGGGACCAGAUCCUGUCUGUGAACGGGGUGGACGUUCGUGUCUCUACAGAAGAAUCUGUGGUAGCUCUGUUAAAGAAUUCUACAGGAAAGAUAAACCUGGAAGCGGCUCAUUUUAAACCCUGGUCUUUCUCCUUGGAGAGAACACUCUCAGUUGGCAACCCGAAUAGUGAAACAGGCAGCUAUGAAGAUGCAUCCUGCAAUUUGUCUGGUGAUGGAAGUCUUCAAGCAUCGGGUGACUGCCUAGACAUUCGGACAGUUUCGUUUACAAAGGGACCCACAAAUUCCCUGGGAAUCAGUGUUGCAGGGGGCGUUGGGAGUUCCCUGGGUGAUGUCCCCAUCUUUGUUGCCACGAUGCAUCCAGCUGGGCUGGCGGCACAGUCGCAAGCUCUAGAAGUUGGGGACCAGAUCCUCAGCAUUAAUGGGGUGUCUGCAGAGGGCCUCAGUCACACCGAGGUUGAUGCACUGCUGGAAAGAGCUUCAGGGAACAUCGAGCUGCAGGUGGCCACGAGGGAUGAUUUUGCAGACAGUCUGGAGGAGAAUAUAAUGGUUGGCUUCACAGAUGAUCCCCGCCCUCUGGAGUGCAGAACUAUCACUCUGGAACGGAAGUCGGCAGGCUUGGGAUUCAGCAUCGUUGGAGGAUUCGGAAGCCCACAUGGAGACCUCCCUAUUUAUGUGAAAACAGUGUUCGGCAAGGGAGCUGCCUUUGUGGACGGCCGGCUGAAACGUGGGGAUCAGAUCAUCGCCGUCAAUGGCCAGAGUUUGGAGGGGGUCUCUCAGGAAGAAGCGGUGGGCAUUCUGAAGAGAGCCAGGGGUGCUGUAGACCUCACAGUGCUUUCAUAGAUGAGUUCUGCACUCAUCACCAUUCAGCUGCUGUGUAGACAGAUCAUAUUAUCUGAACUUCUGUUAUUAGUGUAUGACACUGUGAUCUU